UUCUGCUGGAACAUCUGCUUGGUGGGUCGCUCACUUCUCAUAUUCCAGAUCAUUUCACUCACAGAACUGUCCUCAGAAGAUUCUUCUUUAGGUUAAGCACCAGUUCUGCCCGUUGGGGCCUGCUCUGAGCAAGGUGGACCCUCUUCCCCCACAGCCAGUUAGGGUGGUUUGCUGGCAAACUGCCCCACUGUGACUCCACCCCCAAAGUGAGACCCUGAUGAGAAAAGGAUGCCUGGAAAGGAAGAAUCUGUGAAAUCUCUUUAGAAAACUGAACCUGGCCAUCCCUAACACCUUCCCCUUUAUAGAAGAUGGCGAUUUCACACACACCACCCAGCACCCCCUGGCCUCCCUGCUCACUUAAAGACACAUACUGGGAAUAAAAGCCUCCCUGAAUUAGCCCCCUAAACGCACAGGAACAUCUAUGUCCUAUGUCUGGCCUGAAGAGUUCAGUUCCCCAGAUAUACACAAGGACGCUCACUACGUGCAAGCCAUAACUGAGAGGAGACCCUCGUUCACUCCAGCAAUCAGCAUCCACUGGUUCAGCUCCACUAGGUGGAAGGGCUUCCCGUCAUCAUUCUCACCAGAGAAAAAGGACGCUUUCCCAUCAUUCCCUUACCAUGCCAAGAAAGGGAAUCCUGUUUUCGCGUUAUGUCUGCCCUUGCUGCAAACCUUCCCUCCCCAUCCCCUAUCUCUCUGCCUCUCUCUCACACGCGCCGACACACUCAUACGCAGAAAACUUGCUCCCACUGUCACCACCAGAGAAAACACUCCUCUUAACUUUGGUGAGGAAGGCUAUCAUAGAAAGCCUGGCGGCAAGGCGCCGGAGCUCACCAACAGCCCAGAAAAACUGGGUCCGAAGAGGAGGGGCUGGGAAGGAGACUCGGCCAGGACCCCUCGCCGCGCCGCGCGGCGCAGGGAGCUGGAACGUGGCCUGGAACGUGGCCGUCUCGGCUCUGGUUUCGCUCGCAGGCCCCGCCCACCAGGCGGCCCAGCCAGCUGGAACCGCCAGGGACCGCCGCCGACCCUGGACUCGCGGAGACCACCAGAGGCAGGCGAGGAGGAGGGCCACCCGAGGCCAGCGCCGGAACGGGAAGCGGGGACGCGCGGGCCCUGCGUGCUGGGAAACAGCCCAACGACGUGAUACAGGUUGCUGCGGCGAAGGAAGCAGCCAGAUGAGAAUAAACGCAACAGAAGCAAACUGCUGUCCGCAGAGGGGAGAGACAAGGGGACAAAAGCCAUACCCGGCACUCAUCCCCACUAGUGCCGGGCUAGCGCAGGAAAGCAGGAAUAGGUGUACAUAAUGGUGGCCACUCCCGCCAGCGUGGGCCUGAAGGGCUGGGGUGUCUGGGCAUCUCCGAGGGGAAUAGGCAUCGCAGGCAGAUUUCUAAGCACGUAAAGGACACUGGGUGUGAAAGACGGAGCGGGGCCAGGAGAAGCCUACAAGAGGGGUUCUGGGGCUCCCCAGGACAUAAAGUCAGUUUCCUAAAAUAGCGUUUCCUGGAAGGCCUUCCUACACCCCCGAGAAGCAUGGAGGCUCUGAGGACUCAAUAAGACUCGAGUUCUGAACUGCUUCUCUGCGAUCAAUCCCAAUACCCCUGCCCAGGCCCUGCUUCAGUAACCAGUUUAGGGGUACAGCAGCAUCAGCACCCGGCGCCCAUCACAGAAUUGGGCGCCGUAGUGGGAGGCGCCUUCUAGUUCUCCACUCCCAGGGUGGG